GAUAUCGAACAACAUUCAAAGACAUCAAACAAACGGAACUAUAAUCCCUUACUCCCUCUACAAGUCUAAUUCUUGCAUUUGAUCGGCGACCAUCACUCGAUCGGCGAUCAUCAGUCGAGAUGGACUUGUCUCGGAACUUGGAGAUUCUUGCUAUCAAGAAUUUAGACAAGACUCAUCUAGCAGAUCUUGAGGCCAGAGUUGAUGGCAGUAUUAUUGGCACGUCGUUCUCUGAGCAAGAUGUCCUCAAUACGUACUUGGGAUGGCUAGGUGAGCAACUUGUUCAAGAUGCCUUCUUCCAGCAAGAUUCCCUUGUUGAGGCCUGGACCAAGUCUCUCUACCAUCGCGGGUUUGACAAGAAACAUAUUCAUCAAUCGUUCAAACAAUGGCAGCGACGCGAAGCAUUGCGAGAUCCCUCCACCCUCCGAAGAUUAUUAAUGGCUGAGCAGGAACUAUGUGAUCUUCUGGACAAUAUGGUCUCAAGAGACAGUACUGGCUUUCUUGAGGCCCAAGAUCGCCACACCUCAUACCAGAAAGAAAACAAACCACCUCAUCCGGAAAAGGGCAGAAGCAAGAGCAAGAAGCUAGCCACAAAGGAAAGAAGUCGUUCCGAGGAUCGUCGGGUGGGCAAACAACGUACUGGUGCCAAUGAUAUUCCAGUCACAACACGUCGCCAGCUAGGACCACCUGCAGCAAAGGAAGAGAUCAUCGAGAUCGAGUUAGAUAACACAAGUGAGACAGGUAACCGCUCCAAUUCUGUCACACCGAACGUCCUCGGAACCCAAGGAGUGUCUGGCUUGCCUUGUAACUCGGAAGAUCUUAUGAUCACGCGCAAGACGAUUCUGAUCGACACAGCUCCCAGGAAGGCCUCCCAUGGCCUCUACUUGGGAGAUACGCCGCGUGAACGGAUCGACCAUAGAGGCGAUUACAUCUCGACAGUGAGAUAUAGUGUCCUACAGAAGACCCCUCCGGGUAUGGAUUAUAUUUGCAAACGCUGUGGUCAGAAAGGCCAUUGGGUGCAUCUCUGCCCAACCAAUUUGGAUCCAAGUUUUGAUGUGCCUCCCGCCAAGAAUUAUCGAUGCAUCUAUUGUCAACGCCUUGGUGAUCAUUUUGCAACGCUGUGUCCCCACAACGAGCAUGAGUGGUCUCUGACGCAGCAGCGAAAGCACGCCUCUCUUUCAACAACCCCCAAGCGGUCUCAGGAUCGUGGUCGAUCACCCCGAAGUGGUGGAGGCAGUAGCAACACAUACCGACCGAAAGAUGUGCCUCCUCGAUCUUCGUACGAAGCGGCAGAUAAGUUCCGCCCGCAAUAUCGGGAUAAUCGGUCUCGUUCUCCACCACAUUCAGCAUCUGAUGAGACAAUUCCACUCUCUCCAUUACACGACAAGAAAAAAUCAAAGCGCCCAAGCAAACGGACCAGAGCACGCCGCGCUGCUCGACGCCGUCUUGAGGAGACAUUCAAGGGCAAAAAAGCACACACUCCUCAUCCGGUGCAUUAUGCCCCGGCUGAUUAUGAGGGCAGACUGUUUUAUGAUGAUUGUAAUGAAGAAGACCCUUUCAUCACCAUCACUGACGCACCUGCUGUUGGCAACGUAAAAGUCCAAACACCGCACACAGCCGCCAAUGAACCGCCCUUUUGGGAGCCCAGCCCUGAAUGCAGUGUCAAAGCUGCAGCCGAAGCCAAUGACUUUCUGCAGAAUCUUCAGGAGCAGAUCCGAGACGACAUGGUCGAGGCAGCAUGCUCUCGUGUAUUGGACGAGAUCGUGGACGAAGUAUGCGGUGAGGAAGAUGCUCUGCUUUUCAAAGAUGGUAACAACGUCCUUUGCAAGAAGGUCACGAGCCCUCCCUUUUACGAAGAGGUGGUUCGCCUGUUUGCCAAGCGCCCAAACCCGGUUGUUUGUCCGCGCCCUAGGCGUGCUCUAGUGUUGGAAUUUUGGGAGGACACUGUGAAGGAAGAAUUCUAGGCAAUAAGACCAAGCAAGGUGACCAGCACCACACCUUAUGAUGCUCUGGAAUUCACGCACAAUGUCAACUCGUUGCUCCGCGUGAACCUGCUUGAGACCAACAAGGCGGCAGCUUGUGCAUUGUUGUGCACAAAAUGCCUUUCUUUGGGCCAGAUGAUCGUGCUUGGGCACCCACCUUGGUUGAGAGGAUGAUUCCUGGGUAAUCGAGGUUAUGUU